AUGGUCUGGCCAACUGAAUACGAUAUAAAACUUGGCGAGUUCGAUGCAAUGGAGCUACCAGGGCAACAACUGCCAGCUGCGCAUGCGUACACACCACUCGACCAUUUACUCAAUCUCGAUAUAAAGGCACCGCCGGGAUGUCAACGUCUCACGGGCAUUAUCGUUACAAUGGGUCAUUCAACAUACAACAUCGAAAUAUUAGAAAAAUUGAUAUCAGCAGGCAUGAAUAUUGCUCUGUUGAACUUGAAUUUUGGAACAAAAGAAGAACACAUAGAGACUAUAAAAAUGCUGAGGCAAGCGGCUAAGAACUACAGUACUCAAAUGGGUCGUAACUAUCCCUUAGCUAUAGCAGCUAGGUUGCCUGGUCGAAAGAUUAGAACGGGAACUAUUGCUGAUAGUUACGGAGAAACAGUUGAAUUAAAAACAGGAGAUACAGUAAGGUUGACUACAGACGAAACUUAUAAAGAUCGAUGUUCCGUUUACACGAUUUAUAUAGAUUUCAUGUACUUUUCUGAUCAAGUCAAAAAAGGUGACUACGUUCUAUUAGACAAUGAAACUAUAAUGCUGAAAGUUGACGUUAUUUCUGCUACAACGCUGACUUGUAAAAUUGAGAGAGGUGGAUUGUUAGGCUCUUGUAAGGAUGUAUUUGUACCGAAUGUUACCUUUGAUAUGCCGAACUAUACUGAUAAAGAUAAAGAAUAUAUCAACAUGGCUAUAUCCAAUCAACUGGACAUUCUUAUCGCGUCUUUCGUAGACUCGGCUAAUGCGAUUACGGAACUCAGGCAUUUAAUGGGUGAGAAGGGAAGGAAAAUAGCCAUUGUCGCCAACAUCCAAACUAUUGAAGGCUUCCGCAACUUUGACGACAUUCUAGCGGUCAGCAACGGAAUAAUGAUAACGAGACAAGAAUUGGGAUCGGAUAUCACACCAAAAAAACUGGUCAUUGCUCAGAAAAAUAUGAUUGCUCGAGCUAACAAGGCAAACAUUCCUAUUUGUAUCAGUGCACAUCUUCUUAGUAGCAUGCGGUACAAGAGCGUGCCUCUUCGAGCUGAACUCCUUGAUAUUGCAAACUGCAUUCUAGACGGUGCUGAUGCCCUGGUACUAUCAGCUGAAACAGCUGUUGGCCAGUACCCAGUGGACACGGUUAUGUGCCUUGCCAGCGCAUGCAAAGAAGCAGAAGCUUGUAUGUGGACUAAACAAAUUUUUCACGAUUUAGUCGAUAAGACUCCAAUACCCUGCGACCAAUCAACUGGAGCGGCAAUAGCUGCCGUGCUAGCAGCGCAACGCGCUAUCGCUGCAGCUAUAGUAGUGGUGACCACGUCAGGCAAAACCGCCCAAAUCGUAUCCAAAUACAAACCUCGAUGUCCCAUUAUUUCAGUCACCAGAUAUGGGCCAAUCGCAAGGCAGAUGCAUUUAUGGAGAGGUAUUAUGCCUCUUAUUUAUGAAGCGGCUCCCGAUGUAGACUGGCAAACGGAUCUAAAUAACCGAGUGACUUUUUGUACAAAAUGGGCCAUGGAACAAGGCUUUGUUCGAGUUGGGGAUCCUCUGAUCAUUGUGUCAGGCUGGCGACAGGGCUCAGGUUACACCAAUACUAUGAGAAUAAUGUAUGCUGAAGCUGAUAACGUAUGA